GGUUCAGAUACAUAACAUUGAUAGCAGACGCGGGAGUUGGUUUGUCUUCUGCCAUAAUUAAAUGGAUCAUACCUUAGGUACCUUAGGUAUGCACGGAAACUUGAGUAAAAGACGACUCAACAAGCAGUCGAGUCUAUGGUCUUAAUAAGUACCUCUCGAGAACGUUAACCAAACAAACCAUGUUGACUGCGCAAUGAUAUUGUGCACCUAAUGACUUAUACGGCCAGAUCGUGGUUUGAAUUAAUGACACCAAGGGAGAUACUAUGUAAUCUUUCAUAUUUUUAUAUUUAUGUUCGUUUUUAUUUCCUAUUUCAGCUUCAUCGCGUGUGGUACUCCCUGGCUAAACAUAUGCGAUACCGACCUGCUAGGGGGAUAUUACAUUUAGCUUGCUAGGAUAAUAUGACCUUAACUACGAGCCCACCCGGCGUGAUUCAUUUUUAUUUAUGUCUUUUAUUUUUAUUGUAUUUUCAGCAUUUGAUAUAGUCGUGUUUAUAUCGUCUCAUGGCGUCUAACCAACCUGCCGUGUUCCUCUUUAGUAAGACGGCAGGCUAUCGACACGAAUCAAUUCCUGCGGGCAUCGAGGGCAUCCGACGUCUUGGCGUCACAUCUAAUGCCUUCACCGUAGACUCCUCGGAAGAUGCAUCCCUCAUCAGCGCCCGAAACCUAUCUCGGUACGCAGUCGUCAUAUUCUUGCAGACGAGCGGUGACUUUCUCAACGACGAACAAUUAGCUGGAUUGCAGAGCUACGUGAGAGCCGGGGGAGGUUUUGUAGGGAUUCACUGUGCCGCAGCUGGGAUGACGAGAGAACCGUGGUACGGAGAACUCAUCGGUGCCGUCUUUACUGAUCAUCCGGAGCCGCAGCCCGGCGUCCUAACUGUUGAAAAGAAAGACCACGUUAUCGUCUCCGAUCUACCGGAGAAGUGGGAGUGGUUUGACGAGUGGUAUAACUUCGAUGCGAACCCCCGCACAAAGGUUACCGUGCUGCUAUCUAUCAGCGAAGAGACUUAUAAAGGGGGUAAAUUAGGCCAGCAUCAUCCGCUAGCAUGGUGUCGAGAGUUCGACGGUGGACGCUCUUUUUACACAUCACUGGGUCACUUCGGGGACGCGUAUUCGGACCAGAACUUCAUGGGCCAUUUGCUAAAUGGUAUUCUAUGGGCAGCACGCACAGCACGUACAGCACGUACAAGCCGUAGUCUUACUUAGAUCUGUAUUAUCCACCUGUUCCCCGCAUGUCUCCUUUUUUAUAACCAUGGAGAUGGCGACUAGAGUAGGAUACCCCAUGCGGAGUAGCUAGGACUAGGAAGAGCCAAGGCCGCAUACUACAACACC